AUGGAGCAGCAAAUCAUCGAGUUGAGGCAGAAAUUUUUUAAAAAACUGGAAAAAGAAAGUCCAUCUGAUGAAAGUUUUCAUCGAGAUGAUAUAACGAGAAUAAAAACAAGAGAUGAUUGGUUAAAACGUUUUAUCGAACACAACGACGGCAAUGUCCAGGAGUCAUUAUCAAUGUUAUGGUCCACAUGUAAAUGGCGACAAGAAGUCAAUGCAAAUGAAUUAAACGAAGAUAAUGUUAAUCGUGAUUAUUUAGAAAGUGGUUUUUUUUAUUCAUAUGGAAAGGAUAACGAUGGAAAAGCAUUAUUUAUACUUCAAUCAAAAUUACAUACUGAGGAUUCACAUGAUUUAGAUGAAUUAAAAAAAUGUAUCAUUUAUUGGUUUGAACGUCUCGAAAGAGAAGGAAAUGAUCAGAUAUCUGUAUUUUUUGAUAUGUGUGAUUCUGAUAUAUCAAACUUUGAUGUGGAUUUUACAAGAUUUCUUGUUGAAUUAUUCGAUUUUUAUUAUCCAAAUUUUUUACAUUAUUAUAUUCUACUUGAAAUGCCAUGGAUACUAAAUGCAACAUUGAACUUCAUUAAAUUAUUCCUUCCACGAAAAAUAAAAUCAAAAAUAAAACAAGUUACCAAAAAAAAUCUUGUAAACUUUAUCGAUUCAAGUAUUGCAUUAAAAAGUUGGGGUGGUACAAAUGAUUAUGUAUUUCAUUUUGAGCCAGAAAUAAAAAACAUGAUAAAUGGUAUUAAUGGAAAAUUAGAAAAUGAAAAAGUACAUUUUACUGAAGAUACAAUUGUUGAUAGAUCACCUGAUAAAUCAAUACCUAGAAUUGGAUUAUUCAUCAGAAAAAAACAGGAAAUUAUUGGUAAACUUUUGUUGGAGAACCAGACAACUGAUAAGUAUUCAUUGUACAAAAAAAAAAAUCUAUAA